UCUCAGUCAGCGUUUCUCCCAGUGAUAACCCGCUCUGCUACGCUCCACUCCUUAUCAAAACACACUCACUCCAAACACACGCACACACACACUCUCAUGAGCGCUCCCGACCGGCCGCUGCAGCCAGCUGACUUCACCUGAACGCCUGGAGCGGCGGAACAGAACCACCAAACAAUGCGAGUUAGCUGCACUAUGCGCGGCCGCAGGUUGUUGUUUUUUCGCUCUUUUCGGAGGUAACCUCGGAGGUGUCAGCUUGCAUGCCAUCAUUAUGGACUGCCUUUUUCUAUUGAUAUGGACUUUACCCAUCCCGCUGGUCGGUUGCACCCCAGUCAAGCUUCUCUCCACCUUCUUGACUUGGAACAUCGUUAAGAAUCUGCACAUUUAUUGCACACACACCUCCCGCUCUGUUACGGCCAGUCAUUCUUCCAGCCAUAGCCACGGAUUAAAUUAUGAUUACGUGUUUGUAACGCCAGUGGAGGUGGACUCAGAUGGCACAUACCUGACGCACGACGUGACCAGGAGUAGCCGUCGCAGCAGGAGGUCCCUGUCUCCUUCCUUGCACUAUCAGCUCUCUGCCUUCGGGCACGACAUGCACCUGGACCUGCUUCCGUCCUCUGUCGUUGGCUCAGGGUUCACCGUGCAGACGGUCAGCUCGGAUGGCAUCUCCACGGUGAUGGGCAAUGAGGGGUUUCACCACUGCCUGUAUCAAGGAUUUAUUCGCAAUGUGUCAGCCUCCUUGGCCGCCAUAUCAACAUGUUCCGGACUGGCAGGUCUGAUCCGUGUUUCAAACAAGGAGUAUCUCAUAGCUCCGCUACCUCAACACCUGGCCAAUCAGCACAACUACAGCACCCCUGAUGGUCAUCAACCACAUGUGGUCUACAAGCGCUCAGCAGAGCACAUUGUUCAUGGAAGACUGAGCAGCCCAGUGAACACUGGUUCUUCUUCAUCUGAGAAUCCCUAUCUCUCCCAUCAUCAUCAUCAACCACAAAGACACCACCUUUACCAACAUGGAAAGUUGCAGCGGCAACAUUUCUGCGGGAGCCGCAAGCAAUAUGCUCCCAAGCCUCCUACUGGGGACCAGUUCAUCUUGUCUGAUGAGUUUGCUGUGCCUGAAGUGGAAGAGCCAGGGCGGGCAAGGAGAUCACCCAUCAACUCCAACAGGGUGGGAGGUUUGAAUGUGGAGACCUUAGUGGUGGCAGACAGGAAGAUGCUGGAGAAACAUGGCAGGGAGAACGUUACCACCUACGUCCUCACUGUCAUGAAUAUGGUUUCCAGUCUUUUCAAAGAUGGCACCAUUGGGACUGACAUCAACAUCGUGGUGGUUAGCUUGCUGCUGCUGGAACAGGACCCUCUGGGCUUGAAUAUAAAUCACCAUGCUGACCAGUCCCUCAACAGUUUCUGUCAGUGGCAGUCAGGUCUGUUGGGAAAAGGAGGCAAACGGCAUGACCAUGCUAUUCUUCUCACUGGACUUGACAUUUGCUCCUGGAAGAACGAGCCCUGUGACACCCUGGGUUUCGCCCCUAUCAGUGGCAUGUGUAGUAAGUACAGGAGCUGUACCAUCAAUGAGGAUACAGGGCUGGGCCUGGCUUUCACCAUUGCUCACGAGUCUGGACACAAUUUUGGGAUGAUCCAUGAUGGGGAAGGCAAUCCUUGUCGUAAGACAGAAGGCAACAUCAUGUCACCCACUUUGGCUGGCAAUAAUGGAGUCUUCUCCUGGUCCACCUGCAGUCGGCAAUAUCUCAGCCGCUUCCUUGGAACAGCCCAGGCUUCCUGUCUUGGUGACGAACCCAAGCAGAUCGGUCAGUAUAAGUAUCCCGAACAGCUUCCCGGGCAGCUGUAUGAUGCAGACACGCAGUGCAAAUGGCAGUUUGGAUCCAAGGCCAAAAUGUGUGGCCUCGAUUUUGUCAAGGACAUCUGCAAGUCUCUUUGGUGUCACAGAGUGGGACAUCGAUGUGAGACCAAGUUCAUGCCUGCUGCAGAGGGGACCACUUGUGGUCCAGACAUGUGGUGUCGAAGGGGUCAGUGUGUGAAAUAUGGGGAGCAUGGUCCUAGGGCCAUCCACGGCCAGUGGUCAGCCUGGUCCCAGUGGUCUGACUGCUCCAGAAGCUGUGGAGGAGGGGUCAUGUACAGGGAGCGAUCCUGCAACAACCCGAGGCCCCAGAACAAUGGUAAAUUUUGCCCAGGCUCAAGUCGCCUCAACCAGCUGUGUAACACCCGGCCCUGCCCUUUCAAUGCCUUGGACUUCCGGGCCCAACAGUGUGCUGAGUACAACAGCAAACCCUUUAGAGGCUGGUACUACAAGUGGAAGCCUUACACCAAAGUGGAUGAGGAGGACAUCUGUAAACUGUACUGCAUUGCAGAAGACUUUGACUUUUUUUUUGCCAUGUCCAGCAAGGUGAAAGAUGGCACCUCCUGCUCUGACAAUAAAGAAGGUGUCUGCAUUGAUGGUGUGUGUGAGGCUGUGGGUUGUGACCGGAUUUUGAGCUCCAAGGCCUCCAUGGAUGCCUGUGGGGUCUGUAAGGGAGACAACUCCACUUGCAAGUUUUUUAAGGGCCAGUACACCCUUCAGCACCAGGCUAAUGAGUAUUACUCUAUGGUGACGGUUCCAGCUGGAGCUAGAAGCAUUCACGUCCAGGAAAUGGUGGUGUCCACCAGCUACUUGGCUGUCCGUUCUCUGAAGAAAAAGUACUACCUGACUGGGGACUGGACUGUGGACUGGCCAGGGAGGUUCUACUUUGGUGGGACUGUGUUUGACUACCAGCGCUCAUUCAACAAGCCAGAGAGCCUGUACGCCUCUGGCCCUACUAAUGAGACUCUGGUGUUUGACAUUCUUCUUCAGGGAAAGAACCCAGGUGUGGUUUGGGAGUACACUCUGCCCCGCACAGAGAGAAAACCUGAGUACAGCUGGGCUGUGGUGAGCUCGGACUGCUCGGCUCCGUGUGCUGGAGGUCGCAUCUCCACCAAGGCCAUCUGUCUGCAGGAACACCGGACCCAGGUCAAUUCCAGCAUGUGUAAUCUCCACACCAGGCCGACACUGGGCUCCCAUCUGUGCAACACGCAGCCCUGUCCGGCAUACUGGGCCACAGGAGACUGGGGGCCCUGCAGCCGCUCAUGUGGAGGAGGUCAGCAGACCAGGACACUGCGCUGCAUGAGGAAGGUGACGUACCAGAGGGAAGAGAUGGUGGCGCACUCUCUCUGUCCCGUUGUCUCUCCAGCCCAAAUCCAGCCGUGCCACACCCAGGCCUGCCCACCAGAGUGGAGCACAGGAUCGUGGUCACAGUGCUCCAAAUCCUGCGGCCGUGGAUUGAGGAAACGGACCGUGUUCUGCCGCAGCACUGAUCCCGGGGCCAGCGCAGUGGUGGUGCCCGACAGCAUGUGCAAACAGCACCACAGGCCAAAAGCCCAGGAGACGUGUGUCCUGAGGCGCUGCCCCAAGAACGAAAAACUGCAGUGGAUCCCUGCUCCCUGGGGAGAGUGCUCCAGAUCCUGUGGCUCAGGCAUCCAAAGAAGAGAGCUUCGCUGUGGGGAGAGAAACUCACAGGGAGGGUUUGUGGAGUACCCUGUACGGCGGUGCAGAAAUAUGGCCAAACCUUUAGUGGAUCUUCAGCAAGUCUGCAGUCAAGCUCCAUGCCUAGAGCUCCCCCGGGUGGUCCCUGGUAGAACAACCACCAGCUUUGCUGGGUCAGGCUGGUACCCUUCUUCCUGGCAGCAGUGCUCUGUAUCCUGUGGGGGAGGGGUUCAGAUUCGAACCAUCCAGUGUCUACAGCAAAGUCACGCCUCAACUGGAUGCCCAGCCCACCUGAGGCCCAUCACUUCUAGGGCAUGCAACACAAACUUCUGCCCUGCAGCUCCCCCGGCUCUGGCACCACACAACCGUGUUCUAGCUGCUGGACCAACUCUGAAAGAUGAACGUUGCAUCGAUCACUUCAACUGGUGCCACUUGGUCCCCCAGCACGGCGUCUGUAAUCACAGGUUCUAUGGACAGCAAUGCUGCAAGUCCUGCUCCAGCAAAAAGCCAUAGAUCUCUUACUGCCCUCAGUCUGUGCCGUGCAGCUUCUGAAGGAGGCCCCCGCCACAUAAGCCAAUUGGGAGCCAUCGCUCACUACACACAGAACUAUGGCCAAAGUUGUGUGUUUUCCUCCUGGAGUACUUCGCUGAUGCAAGCCGUGCAGAAGUACAAGAGACAUUGCAUGGACUCUGUCACAGUCUCAGUUACAGAGGGGAAUGGGAAUGUAGCUCCUGGUGCUCCUCUGCCAAAGCAAUGUCAACCGAGCAGUGACUUCACACACACACA